CUCCAGCGGCGCGAGCCAGCCCCGGCUCUCGCGAGCUUUGCCGCGCGCACUCCCCGGCCGGGCCAGUCCCAGCUCAGCAAUCGGUCGGUCGAGAUGUCGCUGUCGGACUCUCCGCCGCGCUGGGCCCCCACCCAUGUGCAGGUAACGGUGCUGCGGGCCCGGGGGCUGCGGCCCAAGGCCAAGGGGGCCGGCGGCGGCAGCGACGCCUACGCGCUGAUGGCGCUGGGCAAGGAGAAGUUCGCCACCUCGGUGUCGGAGCGCUGCCUGGGCUCGCCCGUCUGGCGGGAGGAGGCCACCUUCGAGCUGCCCCCCCGCCGGCCCGGCCACGGCGGCGAGCCGGCCCUGCAGCUCACCGUGCUCCACCGCGCCCUGCUCGGCCUCGACAAGUUCCUGGGGCGGGCCGAGAUCCGCCUGGCCGAGCUGCAGGAGGAGGGCGGCCGCCGCAGCACCCGGUGGUAUACACUUCACUCCAAACCUGGCAAGAAGGAAAAAGAGAGAGGAGAGAUUGAGGUGGAUAUUCAGUUCAUGAGGAGCAACAUGACAGCCAGCAUGUUUGAUUUAUCCAUGAAAGACAAGUCCCGGUCUCCAUUUGGCAAGCUGAAAGGCAAACUCAAAGGAAAGCGGGCCAAUGGACUGCCUGACACGGCAUCCGCCAUCAUUCCCAGCAUAACUCACUCACCAGCGGAUAGCGAAGAGGAAAGCCCUGAGAAAGAAAAGAAAAAAUCCAAGAUCAAAACCCUGUUUUCUAAACCUGGUUUGCAGAAAACCUCCCUCUCCCAGUCCAUGUCAGUUUUACCUGGUUUUCAGCCAGCGACGGAGAAAGUUAGGCUUAAACCUGGUGACUUUCAGGCAAAGUGGGGGGAAGAUGAUGAUGAUGAGUCCUUUCCUCCAAAUUCAGAAAAAGCCUUUGGAAACAAAGCUGAAGAUAACUCACUUCAUGUUCCUGUACUCAUGGCUCAUAAGAGAACAGCAAGUGCAGACAAUAAGCAACUAAACGAAAUAACCUCCAGCAACACCAAGAAAGAAGGGCUCUCCUUAUUCAGUGGCCUUAAAUCCAAAAAUGAUCCCACACCCCGAUCCAACGUGUGUAUCAAUGGCAAUCAUGUUUAUCGGAAGGAAAGUGAAACAAAAAAGGAAACCAUGUCAAAGGACAACACUCCUUCCUCUUCCCCUCAAACAUUCAGGAAAAACCAGCCCUCUGAAUCAGAAGAAAACCUGUCUUCAAAAUACACUAAGGAACAUGAAAAGACAGGAAGAAUGUCUCCUAGUAGAGGUUUAUCUGGGUCCCACUCAUUGGAGUCCUUUAAGUCUAUGACCCUACCAUCAUACAAACUACUUAGUGGUGGAGAUUUACUGGGAAAUAGUGCUUCACUGAGUUUAGAAACUGAAAAAGAAGAAACUAAAGAGGACAAAAAACAAGAGAACAAGAAGUCUGCUUUGUUGUCUCUAGUCACAGGAAGAAAGGAAGUAGUGAAAAACAGUGAUGUAGAAAACAUGUCUGACAUGACUUUGAAGGAGAGAGAAGCCAAACUUCUUGAAGAAAAAAAGAAUGAAAAAGAGGUAAAACCUGUUGAAAUCCCUAAGGACUAUAACCAAGAAAGUACUCCAAAAAACAGCAACACAGCAGAUAUUCCCAGAAACAAGAAAUCGCAUAACCCAUUUGAUGAAUCGCUCAUGGAAGAAGAACAGAAACCGGACAAGUCUGCAGCCUCUGCAAGGACAAUCCAAACCAAAGCUGUCAAACCCAGACUGGGAGUGUCUUCAGAGGAUGAAACCGAAGCCACGCUUCCUACUUCUGUACCUGAUUCCCUUCCUGCUUUCCUUUCUGCACAUCAUUCUAGUAAUGACAAUAACCCUUUCACUUCUAAAUUGGGACAAAAAAUUAAAGCACGAGACUCUAGUAGCCCUCUUCCUCCAUCUCUCAUUUCUGGACAACGUUCUAAUGAUAACGCUUUCAUUUCUGACUGGGAACAGGAAUCCAAAGCACAAGACUCGGAAAGCUUCACUAGUCCUCUCUUGUAUUUCCCUCAUCCUCCUGCAACUCUGGGGCAUGUUUCUUCUCCUCUCCUUUCUACUCACCUUUCUAUUGACAAUAAUCCUUUUGUAUCUAAACUGGGACAGGAAUCAAAAGUGCAAGACCUCAAAAGCUUUACUAGUCCUCCCUCUUUCUCCCUUCCUUCUGCUGUUUCUAGCAAAAGCUAUUGUUCCUUUGCAAUAAACUUUGCUGAUUCAGAGCACCCUGCUUUUGUUUCUUCAGAGGAGUCUCAAAAUGAAAGUUUGACUAAUGAUACAAAUACUGUAUCAAAUUCUCUGGGGUCACUGUCUGAGUCAUCUCCUCUACCUGUGUACGAAAGGGUUGGGCAGACCCCAAAGAAACAGUGUGAUGCCAAAGAGGUACAGAUAGUAUCACCGGAUAAAAAAAAUAACAGUGGCGUUAAGAAAUCAGUGACCUUUCAUCUUGAUGAAUUGGAAUAUACUGAUUCCAGCAGAAAUCAUGCUGAGGCUUUAGACAGAGAGCAGCGUGAGAGAUGGCAUCCUGAUCCAUGUGAAGAAAUGUUCACUACUGAUCCAACCAUAACAGAAAAGAGAGAAGGGUUUGCCUCUGUGCUGGGUAUGGAGUGCUACCGUUCAUCUAAACUCUGUGAUGAAAGUAGGAGUUCUGUUCAGAACAAUGAGAGCACUGUUCAGGAUGACAUUGAAGCCAGCAGUACGAGUGCUGAAACCUGGAUGAAAGAUGGCAAAGAACUGACUUCUCUCUCCAAGUCUAAUUAUAGCCUUUCACCUGGGAAUGCUGUAAUACAGCCAUCUUCUGCUGAAAGCAAAUUAAACGAGGAGCAAGAACUAUAUAGUGGAAAGAAAAGUAAGCAUUCACUCAACAUGGAAGAAUUUGGGCUCGCAUUACAGUCCAAGGUAACUCAUGCCAUCAAAAGUGACUCUUCAGUUCAAGUAGAGCCGCCAAAACCAACUCCAAGAGUUCACACGUUGCUUCCUAAGGACCCUAACAUGUCAGAGGAUGUUAGUGAGCUCAAUCCUCUAUUUGCAAAGUCAAAGCCUGCCCCAAGAAAUGCAAAGCCAAAGCCUACCCCAAGAAAUGCUGUAAAACUAGAUAAGUGUGCACCUGUUUCUCUGACUGGUAGACUGAAAGAUGAAGAGCUGCUUACUCCAUCUGACAGCACAAUGUCUGGGUCUGGAUUUGUGUUUCAUAGAGAGAAUCCCAUGAACCCACAUGAAAACCCAGCAGGUGACAGCUUAUUAAAAACAGCCACUCGGUCAACUACACAUCAUCUUGACAGAGAUGAUAGCAAUAAUGGACCCUUAAAACACAAAACUUAUGGUCAUGAUGAUUCAUUAUUUGACUCUGGAACAGACCUUAAGUCUGCCAUUCCAGUUACUGGAGAUCAGAGUCUAACACAUGUUGGCCUUCCAGUUAUUCCAGAAGUAGGAUCAGAUGAUGAGCUUCUAGACAGCUCUCAAAAGAACAAUGAAAUGACUGCAAUUUAUAAAAGUUUUCCAAAUACAGAAAAUCAAUGUAUAGAUUCAUUGUCAGUCACUGAGGUAGAAAAACUCAGUUCAGGUAUGGGCUCUACUGAUAGAGCAAGUAUAUUACUUCAGAAGGGAGAAGGUGGUCCUGAAGAUACUUUUAAAUCUAGCAAAUCAUCCAAACUAAAUUCAAUAGUAGACAUUCAUAGUGCAAGCAGCAAGACUAGUGAGUCAGGUUUAGAUAUCCUGUCUUAUCCCAGUGAGCAUGGAUGUGGUGUUGAGGAACAGGAACUGAAGGAAUCUAGCAGUAUUAAGGAAAGUAGGAAGAGUGAUUUUUUUGAGUCCUCUGAAAAGUCUGUUUCUUUUACCUCCCUGUCCAGUUCUUCCCAACUCUCCCUUUCCUCUAGUUCCCCCCAAACUGGCUCUUGCGACAGUAGUAGAGCAGAAUCAGUGAAAAAGCCACCAGCAGAGAGCUUCAAUCAUAAAGUCGAAAAUGCUGGCAAGAAGAAGGUGCUUCGGGCAUGGGUUUCACCCUCUGAGACACUUCCCAAUCAAACACAACAGAGUGGUGGAAGUGUGUCUGUUAAGCACAGACCUCAUCCUGUGAAGCCAAUGAACACCACAGCAAAUAAGUCGCAUACUAAAAAUUUGACCCCAACCACAAAAAUGGAUGAAAACUGGACUGAGAGCAAUAGAAAGAAAUAUGAUCCUUCGGAACCUGCCUAUGCUUAUGCUCAAUUAACACAUGAUGAGCUGAUCCAGCUGGUGCUGAGACAGAAGGAUACCAUUACAAAGAGAGAUCUCCAGGUGCGGGAGCUAGAAAACUACAUUGAUAACUUGCUUGUCAGAGUCAUGGAAGAAACUCCCAACAUUCUUCGGGCUCCAUCUCCAAAAAAUAAGGCUGGAAGGAUGUAAAACCUCUGCCAGUAAACCUGAAUAAAGGACUGGACUCCCAUCUUAUUACUCAAACUUCACAGAUAGAUAAUGUGAAGUUGCUGAUGUUCUGGUACCUGCUGCCUACAAAAAAAAAAAAAUCACUUUUCCGUGUCUCAUGCAAAAAGUUGAUUCCACUUAUCUGGAGACUAGUUAAUAAUUAUACCAGGUCUUGAAUACAUAAGCCAAAAAUACAAUAGUCAGAAGUCUUCCACCUUUCUUUCUGGUACACUGUAAAUAUUUUACCACCACCUGGCAGGCAUUGUUAAAGAAUGUAAUCAGAGGCCUGAGAUUCAUGUGGCUGUGAAUGUUUUUGAAGCCACUUUUCUCAGUGAGGCACUGAUAGUUGUUGGCUUCUUUAUUUUAUUAGUUUUGGGAGUUUAGCUUAAGGGUUGGUGUUUUAAAAACUGAACCGGGUUUCUCAGACUAAGAACAACAGUUGUUCUUAAUUCUAAGACUUAAGUUGUAGUGCAAUAAGCCAUCGCAUACACUAAUUCAAGGAUUUGAUUGCUUUGUUCAAAUAAUUAUAUUACAGAAGUUGAAAAGCACUCCAGAAAGAGGUUUGGGAACCAUAAGUUGCCUUAUUGUAAAAAAUUUAAUGCCCUUUAAACAUGCUGUAAAAUUGGAAGGCCUUUAAAUCUACAGAAAAUGUGACUACUAAUGAAGUGUCUACAUCUCAUUUUGGGAAGGGAAGCUCAAAGCCUGUAUAAACCUAGUGUUGAAAAAUUUCAAAGCAGUGCUCUGAGCAGGCUCUUAUAGCUGCUUUAAUAUAGCAAAAAUCAAACAAAGAUAUAACUGCCAUUCGACUACAUGAUUAAAGAACAGUUACAAAUUUUAGACGAUACAGGUCUGUCGCAUCUUAUGCGCAUUUAACAUGCGCGAUUUCAACUUUACGUGGUCGGCAAAAACAAAAAAGAGAAAAAUAACAAUUUUAAUACUAUACCUGUAGUGCGGGUGAAAUUGGAUUUUGGCUAUAUGCGGUUUUCGCUUUAUGCGCUAACCACAGAACAGAACCCCCACAUAAGAUGAGACAGACCUGUAUAGUGAUCUGAAUUAGGAGCUGUUUUGUUUCAUAGCCAUCAUAUUCCUGAUUUGAAGGUUCUUGUUCAAACUAGGGGGCACACAACUCCCAUACAGUUUACUCUGUAUCCUGUAUAAACAUGUAUGCACCUGUUUCCUUCGUGGUACACAUGCUUAGUUUGUUUAUAUUGCUAUGCUCAGCAAGUCGAAGAUUUCUCUGUUGUGCCACUCAAGAUCAUAAAUUUUUAAACAUGCUGUAUUUGGGAAACUAGGACCUACAGUAUGGAACAACUGUCCAAGUUGAUCCAUAUGGAACAUCUAAAGUGCGUGUGUGUAUGUGUGUGAGGGAGAGAGAGAGAGAUGUCCGAGACCUGGGUUUCUUAGUAAAGGAGCAUUCAAAUUGUGGCUUUUAAAAAUUGAGCUGGUUUCCAGUAAUAAGAUUUGUGGUUGAGAAUGUUAGAACAGGUUUUAUUUUAAAUGUAAUCAGAAGACGUGCUGCUAUUUUGCAAGAUAAAUCAGAUACCUCUGUCUGAAUCUUUUGCCUUAGUCUGCUGUAACUAUGGAGUUUGCCAUGGGACAGGCAUUUCCCAUUUAUAUCGGAUAGCAAACAGCAAGACACUCGCAAACAAUCAUUUUAGCAGGCUCACUUCAAAUCAUUCUUUUAGGAUAGUGUUGAUAGGAAUUGUCAAUAAAAUUCAGCACUGAGAUGGAAAGUUGUGAUUGGAUUCAACAUUAAUCUAAAUCUACAUUUAAUGUUGGGGCUGAUGUGUGGCAGGCUCUCAAUUUUAACAGUUCUGUGCUCACCGCUGUCAAAUUGACUUCCUGAAGGUACAGUGAGGAUCUGUGAUACAAUAUUAAAGUACUUUGGAUAAUCUGUUUUAACAUCUAGCAUGUAUUGUGAAGCAAAAAAAUAAAAAUAAAACAAACUUUACCCUUUAUCCAGGUGAAAGGUCCAUUAAGUCUUCCCUAAAGUUCUGAGUGAUAAUUUCACCUAUAGCUUAGGAGGGGACAGUUUGUCACAGUAUUCUUUUCGUUAGAGCACUUUAAUGAGAGGUGAGACUAGUUGCAUUUCCUAUUAGCCUUUUAAUAGUCUAUUGCCUUAUAUUUAAUAUUUUCACAAAACACUGGAGACCACUGUAAACUUCUCAGAUACUGUAUUUUUGUAGUGAAACAUAAUUUAAUCUAUUUACAUAGAAGAAAUCAAUGUUUACUGGAAUUGUAUAUAAAUAUAUAUGCUGUUAUGUGCAUUUGUUAUUUUGUGAUUGAUUGUGAUUAAAAAGUGUAGGCAAAACUUAACUGCCCUAUCAUACAACUUUACUUCAAGGGAAGCCAUGCAUGAAAUAAUUCAUAAUACUAUGAAUGAAAGGUUUAAGGUGUAAUGUUCCUUUCUAGGACCACAGGUACAUAGUAGCAAUGAGUGAUUAAGCAGAUGACUUCAGUUAAGGGGUAAUUUUCAGUGUCCCAGAUCCCAUGAGUGGAGUAGCUUAUGCUGAAUUUUUUAGCAGAAUCUCCUAAUUUUGUUUAUAUAUAUAUAUAUUUAAUUUGCAUGGAACUAGCUAUCUUCACUGAAAAUGACUGACUGCUGCUUGUGCCUUGAAAUAGCGAGGAAGAUGAAACAUUAAUUUCAGUUGCCUCUACCCCCUUGAUGUUUCUGUGGAGAGGAAUUGUUGCUUGCACCUCCCUAAAAUUUUUUUUGCCUUCAGGACUUGAUUCCAUAGCUUACCAACAGCUUUCUGGUUGUAUGAGAACUGUGGAGAGCUCUAUUCUUUAGUGCCUUUGAGCAGUAGCUAAACAGUCUGAAUUUGAAACUGCUGUUAUAAUCCUAAUGGUUGGACUUGCUUUUAUACUCAGAACUAAUCUAAAUGAAUCCAAUGAUUUGAAGUGAUUUUUACUAGCCUCAUUUUAAAUGGCUGCCCUUCUGCUCUGGAGUUAAGAUGCUGCUCCACCACCAGCAGCUGAAGCCAUUGUUUGUAAUGCUGCACCUGCUGCUUGAGGGAUAAAUACUUUACGAAGAUGUUUAUCAUUAACCAAAUGUAUUCUUAUCUUGGGAAAACGUAAACCCUGUGGUUUUAAUAUUUGCUGAUAACAUUCCACUUAAGGUUAUGACAUUCUACUUCCAAGAUGGGACUAUAGAAUUUUGAUAGGGGUUUUCUUUUUUUGGUCAUCUUUUAUACCAGUUACACUUGGAGUCUGUCUGUCUGGACAAAAGGUUAGCUGGCUGCUCUUACACAAUGAGGCUUGAUCUCUUGGUUGCACGUGGUAAGUUUCAUUUAUUGGUGAGAUUUGGGCACUGCCAGGAGAGAGUGAUACUUUACAGGUCACACUUCUACUUCAUUAGCUGUGAAAAUGUUGCACAGUCUUAUUGUACCUCAAAUUUUUUUAUUGGCAAUGCUGUUUUUGAAGUGUUUUGACAUAGAAGGACUGGAAUUUUUGUUAAGAAAGGUACUUAAUUUGAGUACUUAUGAGAUUAAAGCUUGUUUGUCAAGCCCCUGUACAGUUGCUUAAUGAAUGUUUAAUACUGAAGGAUCCAAAUGUAUUUUUAUGUUUAUAUUUUCUGCUUUGUUUGUCUGGGUACUUUUGUUUUGUUUUGGUUUUUUAAAAAUGACUUUCACUCUUACGGAACACUAAAAUAAAAUUUUUAAUUCAGUGUUUGAA